AUGAAAGACGAUACCUUCACAAUAUUGGCUUCUGUAAUAAUUGGAAUUCUGCAAAUGGUGCUUCUUUUUGGAUAUAAUUUGAUGGGAUUCGCGGUGGAGUCGGUGAUGCACAGCGUUAAGGGAAGAUGUCCAGAUUGUAUUAUCGAUUUUGCUGGAUAUUAUGGACAAUGCCUCGUAUAUAUCGUCUACACUCUAUCCAACCUUCUCGCACCGGCGAUUUUGCAUACGAUCGGCAUUCGAAAAACACUUAUCGUGGCGUCGCUAUGUUUUCUGGCGUACACGAGCAGUUUUCUGUACAUCCACAAUUUUGUGUAUUUCCCGGCGGCGAUAUUGGCGGGCUUCGCUUUUCCACUAUACUACGUUGGCGCCGGCACCUAUUCGGCCAAACAUUCUACCGAUGCUACCUUUUCAAGGAAUCAGGCAGUCUUUUGGACGGUGGCCCAAAUUUCUUUUCUUCUGACUGGUCUGCUAAUGAUUGCUUCCAGCGAAUUUAGUAGUGAUCAGGAGUUGCAGCUUAACGUUACUUCAGCAAAGGGAUACCGUCACUACUCCGAAAACGAAAUCGACCUGCUGACGUACGGCUCGAUGGCGAUGGCCUGUAUCGCCCUCGUUAUUGCUGCCUUUCUGCCAAUGCGUAAUAUUCCGAAUUCCAUCUUCAAUCCGGCCAAUCGAAAGAGCUUUCGGGAGCAAUUAGGCUUGAUGUUCUCCACGAUGAUGACGUCAAAGAUGUUCCUCCUCGUGCCACUCCAUUGUUUUGGGGGGAUGUAUAUCGCGUUUUGGUUGACGAUCUACCCAACGACCGUGGCGUUCACUUCGGAAUUUGCCGAGCACAAACAUCUGAUCGGCUACAUUUGCAUAUCGUUGACGUUUGGGGAGGUGUUAUUGGGCCUCAUCAUCAGCUAUGGAAAUCGAAAAUUUGCGAAUUUCGGUCAAUGGCCGGUUCUCUGGAUGACCGUCGCCAGCUUUGGGAUAAAUAUUGUGGUUUUGGUGCUAUUUAGCCCGCCACUCGCGUCGAUUAGGCCCACAGACGGGCUCCCAAUUUUGGGCACAAGUAUCGCCAUCCCGAUCCUAAUGGGCGUUUUGAAUGGAAUUGUUGAUGGUUGCCUCAAUAACGUCCGGAUGGUAGCGUGUGCCAAAGUGCUGCCCGAAAACCCUGCAAUUUCGUUCAGCAUCUCGAAAUUUUAUCAGGGGGCGGCUUGUGCCACUUUCUACUACGUCAGCAGCAUCUUUACGGUGUACCAAUUGGCCGGAUUGUUAUCAGGGACGUUGGCUUUAGGCGUGAUCGGUUACGCCCUAGUGAUGCGCCUGCACAUUAAUGUGAAGCAAAUAAAAUGC